AUGAAGCUCAUGCACAUAUGUCUUGUAGAAGAGAAUUCUGAAUUAAAGCUUGAGGAAAACAGUAGUGAAGUGGCGCUAGAUGCAUUCAUAGAAUCUAGUGACAGCGAUUUAGAAUCUAUCCCAGAAUUAAAUGCUCUACCAAUGGGUGGAGCGGAAAAGAAAACAAAGACAUCAAAUGAUCUGUGUCAGCCAGAUAAAAGUGAAGAGAAACCUAAACUAAAGGAAGUACAAGAUAAAGAGAAUCUGCCCAUCUCUCCAGUAAAAAUUGCUUUGGAGGACGAAGUAAUAGUCAUUGAAGAUGAUGAUGAAGAUGAUGUUUGUAAUCAUGGAAAUAACGAACAUAUAGAAGAUUGCACUGAACAAGAACAUAUAAGUAAAUCAGAUUCACAGGUGUACAGUGGUAACACCUAUACCAGGGACCUGGGUCUUGAGGUAGAGAGUGAUAAAGCUGCUAGCAAGAGCAGUUUGCCAGACAUUGUCAGCAACAACAUUGAUUAUUUUUCCUGCCAAUAUUGUACAGUGGCUUUUACCCAACUUUCCUAUUUGGAGAGUCAUGUCAAGUACAAACAUGGAGGCAAAUUCCUUGCUGAAAGACAUCAGGAUUUUUUCCAUACCCCUAGUGACCAUUCUUCCCAGCCAUCCAACCAGAAUCAACCAAAGUUAAUCCAGAUGAAAACAAGGCCUCACCAAUGUAAAAUGUGUAAAAAAUAUUUCAAACAGCAUCGCCAUCUAAAGGAUCAUCUAAGAAUUCACAAAGGAGAAAAGCCCCAUAAAAGUGACAAAUCUAAUAAGUCUUUUAGGUAUCACCAAAGUUUAAAUUUCCACUACUCAUUUCACAAUCAAGAAAAACUUCACAAGUGUGACAAAUGUUGUAAAAGUUUUAUGCAAUUCUACAAUUUGAAGAAACACCAAAGAAAUCACACAGGAGAAAAGCCUUACAAAUGUGACCGAUGUGGUAAAUCUUUUGCACAGUAUAAUGUUAUGAAAAGUCACACAAGAAUUCAUACUAGAGAAAAACCUUACAAAUGUUAUAUUUGUAGUAAGCGUUUUAUACAGCUAGAACAUUUUAAGUCACAUCAACUUAUUCAUAUCAGAAAAAAGCCUUAUCAGUGUGACAAAUGUAAUAAAGUUUUUACACUAAAGCAAGUUUUUAAGAGACACCAGAACAUCCAUAUGGAAAAAACUUAUCAAUGUGACAAAUGUAAGAAUCACCAGCAUAAAAUUCUUAGCGGAGAAAAGCCUUUCAAGUGUGACCAGUGUGAUAGUUUUUUUGCAGAGAAAACAGACAUGACAAAACACCACCAGAGAGUACCUGUUGUAGAAAAGUGUAACAAAACAGGUUUUACAGCAGAGAGCUCUGAACUUGAUCUUCAGGAAAAGAAAAAUAAAGAAGUGCUUGACAUAUUGUCAGUUUCUGGUGUCCCUGGUCCUGAAUGGAGCUCAGCAUUGGUAGCUGUACCAGAAGGUAUGGUAGCAGAGAAUUCUGAAUCUGAACUUCAGGAAAAGAAAAGUAAAGUGGAGCUUGACUAUUUUUCAGCAUCUUAUGAAUCUGAUCCUGAAUGGCCCCCAGUUUUAGAUGGUGGAGAGAAAAGGAAAGCAAAGAUAUCAAGUGUUCUGUGUCAGCCUGAGAAAAGUAAAGAGAAUUCUAAACUAAUGGAAGUACAAGUUAUAAAAAACCUGCAUUGUUUUUCACCAACAAAUACUCCGGAUAAGGUGACAACACACAUUGAAGAUGAUGAAUAUAUCUUUUGUGAAGAGUGCAACAUUGAUUACAUAGGAGAUUGUACUGUACAUGGUCCUCUAAAUAUCAUAUCAGAUGCACAGGUUCCAGCAGACUGCAUCAGAAGCAAGAAUGCAGAUUACUGUAGGAAAACUCUUCCCCCUGGGCUGGUCAUUAAAACAUCUGAUAUACCUGAUGCUGGACUUGGUGUUUUUGCUACAACAUUUUUUCCUGCUCGGACAAGAUUUGGACCUUAUAUUGGGAAGAAUAAGAGCAUUGAACAGUGUCAUGACUCUAAGUAUUGUUGGCAGAUCAUGAAGAAUGGAAGGCCAUCCUAUUGUGUAGAUGGUGGUGAUAGUUCUGAUUCUAACUGGAUGAGAUUUAUAAAUUGUGCACGUUUUGAGGAUGAGCAAUGUGUCACAGCAUACCAACAUCAGGGUGAAAUCUUCUACAGGGCUCACAGGGACAUCCCAGCUGGCACAGAAAUACUGGUGUAUUAUGGUGAUAGUUACGCCAGAGAACUGGGCAUUGAGGUAGAUAGGGCUAACGCUGUUAGCAAGAACAGUUUGCUAAAGAAUAUGAGCAACAAGAAUGGUCUUGUAGCAGGGAGUUCUGAAAUGGAAAUUCAGGAAAUGACAUGUAAAUCAAUGCUAGACUUUUUUUCAACUUCUGAUGAUUCUGAUCCAGACUGGACUCCAGCUUUAGAGGGUGGAGAGAAAAGGAAAGCAAGGAUAUCAAGUUUUCUGUGUCAGCUUGAGAAAAGUAAAGAGAAUUCUAAACUAAUGGAAGUACAAGAUAUAGAUAGCUUGCAGUGUUCUUCACCAACAAAUGCUCUGGAGAAGGUGGCAACACACAUUGAAGAUGAUGAAUAUCUCUUUUGUGAAGAGUGCAACAUUGAAUACAUAGGAGAUUGUACUGUACAUGGUCCUCUAAAUAUCAUUUCAGAUUCACAGGUUCCACCAGACUGCAUCAGAGGCAAGGACAAAGAUUACUGUAGGAAAACUCUUCCCCCUGGGCUGGUCAUUAAAACAUCUGAUAUACCUGAUGCUGGACUUGGUGUUUUUGCUACAACAUUUUUUCCUGCUCGGACAAGAUUUGGACCUUAUGUUGGGAAGAAUAAGAUCGUAGAACAGAUGGCACAUAAUUGUGAAUAUUGUUGGCAGAUCUCAAAGGAUGGGAAGCCGUCCCAUUGUGUAGAUGGUGGUGAUAGCUCUGAUUCUAAUUGGAUGAGAUUUAUAAAUUGUGCACGUUUUGAGGAUGAGCAAUGUGUCACAGCAUACCAACAUCAGGGUGAAAUCUUCUACAGGGCUCACAGGGACAUCCCAGCUGGCACAGAAAUACUGGUAUACUAUGGUGACAGAUAUGCCAGAGACCUGGGCAUUCAGGCAGAGAGGGCUAAUGCAGCUAGCGUGAACAGUUUGCCUAAUAUUUGUAACAACAUGAAUGUAUCAGAAUACAACUUUUGUGAACAAUGCAACUGUGAAGACAUAGAAAUUUGCACUGAACAUGGUCCUAUAAUUGUUGUGUCAGAUUCACAGGUUCCACCAGACUGUAUCAGAGGCAAGGACAAAGAUUACUGUAGGAAAACUCUUCCCCCUGGGCUGGUUAUUAAAACAUCUGAUAUACCUGAUGCUGGACUUGGUGUUUUUGCUACAACAUUUUUUCCUGCUCGGACAAGAUUUGGACCUUAUGUUGGGAAGAAUAAGAGCAUUGAACAGUUGGCACAUGACUCUAAGUAUUGUUGGCAGAUCUUCAAGGAUGGGAGUCCAUCACAUUGUAUUGAUGGUAGCGAUAGUUCUGAUUCUAAUUGGAUGAGGUUUAUAAACCUUGCACGUUUUGAGGAUGAGCAAUGUGUCACAGCAUACCAACAUCAGGGUGAAAUCUUCUACAGGGCUCACAGGGACAUCCCAGCUGGCACAGAAAUACUAGGUCUUAGUAGUUUGACCAUAGGUGGUUUCAUCAAAGAUGGUUUGACCAUAGGUGGUUUCACCACAGUUAGUUUGACCAUAGGUGGUUUCACCAAAGAUGGUUUGACCAUAGGUGGUUUCACCAUAGAUGCUUUGACCGUGUACUUUAGUGACAACUAUGCCAGAGACCUGGGCAUCCAGGUUAGCAAGAACACUUUGCGAAAUACUGAGAAAAACAAGAAUGAUUUUUUUCCCUGCCAGUAUUGUAGUCUGGCUUUUAGCCAACAUUCUUUUUUGGAUAUACAUAUAAAAUACAAGCAUGAAGAAGAAAUGAAAGCAAGGCCUCACAAAUGUGAAACAUGUAACAAAUGCUUCAAACAUCCCUGUGAUUUAAAAGAACAUGAACAAAUUCAUACAGACGAAGAGGCUCUAAAGUGUGACAAAUGUAGUCGAGGGUUCAAAUAUCUCUGCCAGCUAAAGAUGCAUUUGAAUUUUCACUCAGGAAUUGGGAUUCACAAAUGUGAUAAAUGUGGAAAGUGUUUUAAAUAUUUUUUUGAGUUAAAGAAACACCAAAGUAAACACACGAGAGAAAGGCCUCACAAGUGUGACAAAUGUAAUAAAUCAUUUGAAAAGCUGUGUCAUUUAAAAAAACAUAAAAAUGUUCACACAGAAGAAAAUACUCACAAAUGUGAAAUAUGUAAUAAAUAUCGCAAACAUAUCCAAUAUUUACCAGAUCAUAAUAAGCUUCACAGUAAACAUUUUAGAUAUUGUGGUAAAAUAGGUUAUCACCGAAAAGUUCAUAAUGGAGAAAAAUCUUACAAGUGUAAUGUAUGUAGUGAAUGUUUUACAAGUUAUAGUGCUGUUCAGAAACAUCAGAGAAUUCACAGCAAACUUCCUUACAAGUGUGACCAAUGUGAUAGAGUUUUUAGAAGGAUUGACAAUUUGAAGAGACAUCAGGAAACUCACAAUAAAGGGUCAUACAUGUGUGACAAAUGUGGCCAAUUGUUCACACAAGAAAAGGGCUUGAAGGAGCAUGACCAAAGAAUUCAUAGUGGAGAAAAAUUUGAUGAAAGAGAUUAUAUAGCAGACAAUUCUGAAUCCGAAGUUGAGAAAAAUAGAAGUGAGGCCAUGCCAGAAUCAUUGUCAGCUUCUGGUAAUCCUGAUUCAAAGUUGACCCCACCAGUAGAGGUUACACCACAGGAUUGCUUUGCCUGCCAAUAUUGUACAGUGGCUUUUACUCAACUUUCCUAUUUGAAAAGACACUUGAAAUACAAGCAUGGUGGAGAAAUCCUUGCCACUAGAGAUGAUCAUUCCAUUAGUAUCACAAGCGAGCAUUCUUUACAGUCGUCCAACUUAAAUCAACUCAAUAUAAUCCAUAUUGAAGCAUUGCCUCACAAAUCCUUCACAAAAGAGAGUUCCCUGAAGAAGCACAACGAUAUAAUGCAUAGUGGAGAAAAAUUUGAUGAAAGAGGUUUCAUGGCAGAGAAUUCUGACUCUAACCUUCAGGAACAGAGAAGUGAAACCAUGUCAGAAUCAUCGCCAUUUUCUGGUGGCCCUGAUUUGACCUCAGCAAAACCCACUACACCACAGGGUAGAGAUUGUUGUUUUUAA